AUGUCUCGCUCGAGUCUCGACUCAGUAAGUUGAUGAAAAUGGACUUGCUAUAUCUUCAUUAUAUGUUGUACUGUUUGAAACUUUUAUCUUAGACCGAGAAUAUCUCCAUUUGAUACGAUAUAAUAUACUGUAUAAAAAUGGGUAUAUCGUUAAAUUAAAACUGCAAAAGUUCUCAAAACAUUAUUUCUUUCCAUACGGCUACAUAGGCUCAGUUAAAAUCACAGUACAAUACAUUACUCAAACAUUCUUUCGUAAACCAAUUAUCAAAGAUAAAAGAGGGGGAAAAAAGAAUUUUAUCAUAUUUAGCUAGAUAUUACUUGAAAUAGUUACACGUUACUUAUUUCGUGACCUUUCUCUACGUUAUUUCAUUAUUUGGUAUUUGAAUAAAUUUACUUUUUAAUCCACAGCAUGUCGUCGUCGUCGUAACCUCUUGUAUGUCAAAUUACUUAUUACCUUGUUUAAACAAUCAAGAAAUUAUACAAUAAAUGACUCGUCAUCUUUUACAUUAUUCCAAAUCGUCAUUCCCUAUUUUCUUCCGCAUAAAAUGUGACGCUCGAGACUGAUUGUGAGACAAGCCCCCCCGAGGGUUGGUAGUCGCGUGAUAAUACUUUCCCUGCGAGAAAUCGAUUCCUCCCCCUGAUGUGCCUGAUCUCUCUGUGUGUAUGUGCCGUGUAGCUGCGGUGAAGAAAAGACAAUUAACUAACCAGGUUUUUCCAUUGUGUUGGCGUUGCAGGUACAAAGCGAAUCGUUGCGUGAGCGGGGGCGGUGGCCGCGGGAACAGCGCGACUGGUGGUACCGGAGGCGGUCUAGGUAACGGAGGCAGCGGCCGCGGGGGCGGCGGGGGCGGUAGCCCCGGUAGGGGCGGCGGCGGAGGCGGCGUUGGAGGAGGCGGAGGUCGCGGCGGAGGAAUAGACGGUGGCGCGGUACCUGCUACGCCACCGACCAUCAGCCGUUACCACCACCGCUACCAUCAUCACCAUCACCAUCAUCAUCGUAAUCACGACCACGUCACCACGACCACCACGGCGGACGCCACUACCAUCACUGGCGUCGCCUGGCACCUCAGGCACAAGCUACCCCUUGGAAAGCAGUGCCUCGAACACCGUCUUCAGCACCGGCAUCACCAUCGGUCCCCCUAUCGGGCCUUAAACAUGGGCCAAAAGAUUUCAGGCGGCGUAAAAAGCGUGACACGUGAGGCUGCAGCUGGAGCUGUUGGUGGAGUUGGCGUCGGGGGUGGCGGUGUCGUAGCGUAUAAACCCGUGGUACCAAGAGAGCUGGCGCAACACUUCGCGAGGCCGCCACGGCUCGAUGUCCUGCUCGAUAUGCCACCCGCUUCGCGGGAGACGCAGAUUCAUCAUAGCUGGAACGCCAACGACCGUAGCCUCAACAUAUUCGUCAAGGAUGACGAUAAGUUAACGUUUCAUCGGCACCCGGUGGCCCAAAGCACAGACUGCAUAAGGGGGAGAGUAGGGUACACGAAAGGUAUGCAUGUCUGGGAACUGUUCUGGAGCACGAGGCAAAGAGGCACGCACGCCGUAGUGGGUGUCGCGACCGCAGAGGCACCCCUUCACAGUGUCGGAUACCAGAGCCUGGUGGGUAACAACGAACAAAGCUGGGGUUGGGAUCUCGGUAGGAACAAGCUUCUCCACGACUCGAAGAACAAUGCUGGUAUCACGUACCCAGCUCUCCUCAAGCCCGACGAAACGUUCAUUGUUCCUGACAAAUUCCUCGUCGUCUUGGACAUGGACGAAGGCACGCUAGCGUUCGUCGUGGAUGGUCAAUACCUUGGAGUCGCGUUCAAAGGCCUGAAGGGCAAGAAGCUUCAUCCUAUCGUAUCCGCUGUAUGGGGACACUGUGAGAUCACGAUGAAGUAUAUCGGUGGACUUGAUCCUGAACCAUUACCCCUGAUGGAUCUCUGUCGAAGAGUGAUUCGAAAACGAAUCGGCAAGGACAAGAUAGAAGAGAAAGUGAACGCGCUGAGCCUGCCGUUAGCAGUGAAGACUUAUCUCCUGUAUCGUGACAGGAGGUAA